CUCCAGGUGAACAGGUCCUCCUCUGAAUUGAGCUUUUGGGGCAGUUGCGAAGUCUACACGCCCAAGCUCGAUCUCAAAUGGCUUCCCAACUCGCCACAGUGUCUGCAUUCGUGGAAGGAGCGCCCCCAGGAGAACUUGCAGAUGUCAUUGCUGAUAUCAAAGCUCUCACUAUCGAAAGCCCCAACCUCGUAUCCCAGCUUGGCCCGGCGUUCGAGAAAUACAACGAAGAGCAAUUCGCAACCGUCAAACUGCCUGGUAGCAGUCAAUAUGUCAUAGUCAGCUCACACAAUUCUUUGGGAAAUGGGAGAUAUUUCGACGUUGAGAACUCAUCCAGUUUCGUAUUCAACCACACAACACAGAAAGCAAGUGGCGUACAAAGUUAUGUUCUGGAAAGUGGUCACUCGGAUCUUGUUAACUCGAUCCUGAAAAGCUUGGGAACACAUGUCAAGGAACAUUAUCCCAAUGCCUCGUAUGGCGUAUACCCCAUCGAAGGUGACUCGAAGAUAGCGAUACUUGUGGUGGCCAACAAGUACAGCCCAAACAACUUCUGGAAUGGCCGCUGGCGCUCACUGUAUAUCUACUCCCCCUCUUCGUCCUCCUUAUCAGGCACUAUGAAGGUCGAUGUUCAUUACUAUGAAGAUGGAAAUGUCCGACUUCUGACCACCAAACCAACCUCGGCAUCAAUUUCAUCAGGAUCUGCCAGUACCAUCAUACGGGAAAUUACCGUUGCAGAGAAGAAGUACCAAGAAGAGCUCAACAAGGGGUUCAACAAUCUAAGUGAAGGCGCAUUUAAGGGGCUAAGGAGACAGUUACCCAUUACCAGGCAGAAGAUUGAGUGGGACAAGAUUGCGGGGUAUCGUCUAGGCCAAGAUAUUGGAGGGGGCAGCAGCAAGAGAUAGCCUUGGAACAGAUCUCAGCCUGGCUUGGGCUCAAUACAAUGAAAAGCGGC